CAAUGUUAGUGACAAGAGAAUGUUUGCAGUUUCGAUAGUACCUCGAACCACAUCGUGCCGUUUGAGCUCUGCCUUUCUCUGUCAACUCUCGAUUCCUCUCACUCUUCGGCUCCACCAUCACUACCAACACCACCAGCCUCACCUACCAUCUCCUCUCUCUUUUCAGGUUUCCCUUUCUCUUUCGCUCUCUGUCUCUCAUAUUCCGAGAAUCUCGGAGUUUCGGCAUCUCUGAUAUUCUCUCUUAUUCGUGUUUCAGAUUCAUUCGUUAAGAAAGCAGAUCGACAUGGCAGCUCAAGGAGGUGAUUCAUAUGAGGAAGCGUUGGCUGCUUUGUCGUCUUUGAUCACGAAACGAAGUCGUGCUGAUAAGAGCAAUAAAGGGGAUCGCUUUGAGUUAGUCUUUGAUUAUCUCAAGCUACUUGACCUGGAAGAAGACAUUUUAAAGAUGAAUGUUAUUCAUGUCGCUGGUACCAAAGGCAAGGGAUCCACAUGUACCUUUACAGAGUCUAUUAUUCGAAACUAUGGCUUUCGAACUGGACUCUUCACUUCACCUCACCUCAUUGAUGUCCGGGAAAGAUUUCGUUUGGAUGGUGUGGACAUAAGUGAAGAGAAAUUUUUGGGAUAUUUCUGGUGGUGCUAUAACAGGCUCAAGGAGAGAACUAACGAGGAGAUACCAAUGCCUACAUAUUUCCGCUUCCUUGCAUUGCUAGCUUUUAAAAUAUUUGCUGCAGAAGAGGUAGAUGCUGCUAUAUUGGAGGUUGGAUUAGGUGGAAAGUUUGAUGCCACCAAUGCGGUUCAGAAACCUGUGGUAUGUGGUAUUUCUUCACUCGGAUAUGACCACAUGGAAAUUCUAGGUGAUACACUUGGAAAAAUUGCUGGUGAGAAGGCUGGAAUUUUCAAGCUUGGAGUUCCAGCUUUCACAGUGCCCCAACCUGAUGAAGCCAUGCGUGUCCUUGAAGAGAAAGCUUCCGAAACAGAAGUGAAUCUCGAAGUGGUGCAGCCACUAACCGCAAGGCUGUUAAGUGGUCAGAAACUUGGGCUUGAUGGGGAACACCAAUAUGUCAAUGCUGGUCUAGCAGUUUCGCUUGCCUCUAUCUGGCUUCAGCAAAUUGGUAAACUAGAAGUUCCGAGUCGGACUCAGAUGAGUAUUCUGCCUGAGAAAUUCAUCAAAGGGUUAGCUACAGCGAGUUUGCAAGGACGAGCACAGGUCGUCCCUGAUCAAUAUACUGAAUCUCGGACUUCAGGAGAUCUAGUAUUUUAUCUGGAUGGAGCUCACAGUCCAGAAAGCAUGGAAGCAUGCGCCAAAUGGUUUUCGGUUGCGGUUAAGGGAGACAACCAGUCAGGGAGUUCAGGACAUUUGGUUAAUGGCUCUGCAGGAUCCUCUCAUGAUAAAUGGUCAAAUGAAACCUGUGAACAGAUAUUGUUGUUCAAUUGUAUGUCAGUUCGGGACCCAAAUCUACUGCUUCCACAUCUAAAGAAUAUGUGCGCAAAAUACGGUGUCAAUUUCAAGAAGGCAUUGUUUGUACCAAACAUGUCGGUGUAUCAUAAGGUUGGUACAGCAGCUGAUUUGCCAGAGAAUGAUCCACAGGUUGACUUGUCAUGGCAGUUCACACUUCAGAAAGUGUGGGAAAGCCUUGUGCAGAGUGAAAGAGAUGGAGAAAAAGAUGGUGAAAGUGAUGGAAACAGUGAGGUGUUUACUUCACUACCCAUGGCAAUAAAAUGUCUAAGGGACACUGUACAUGAGAGUAGCUCAGCCACACGUUUCCAGGUCCUUGUAACUGGUUCGUUACAUCUUGUGGGCGAUGUACUGAGAUUAAUCAGAAAAUGAAGAGAAACAAACACACUUCACUUUUCAAAUUUCAAUACACGAGUCGUCAUCCACCAAUCACCGUACCCACUGUGGAAGAGGAUGGCAUUUCUUAUUAAAAGCUAUUUUGUAUUAUUUCGGUUUUAGUUUCCAGCUUAAGUACUAACAAAGUUGUGGUGAUCUUUUUCAAAUUCAAGAGCAAUAGUUAACAAAAAGAAAAGGAAACAUGUUGGCAAACGUUGUGACAUGGUUAAUGAUUUGCUUCCUCC